AUGGAAGGCCCUGCACAUCGCAAGAAUACAAUGAACACUUACUCAAGUUCUCACAAAUUCACUCAUUUGCUGGCGUUGGAGCUCAUCAUCACAAAACACUCCCAUGACUGCAGCUUCAUUCCAAGCUUGUACAAAAGCGGAGAAAUGACCAAAUUCAAGGCAAGAUACUGUGUGAGAGGAGACCUGGAAGAAAUGGAUGUUGACAAAAACACGUUUGCACCUACCGUUGCAUGGAGUACUGUCCGUCUGUUUCUUGUCCUUUGCUUGAUCCUUGGAUGGGCCACCCCCGUCUUGGGCAAAGGAACAUGCCUUCAACUGAACAAGUCACUAUAUGGGACCAAGGCUGCUCCUGCGCUAUGGAAUACGACCGCCGUGGAAGGAUUCACCAAGUGUGGAUUCAAACAAUCCAAUUUUGAUCCGUAUCUUUUGUACAAGAAAGGCAUGAUGGUGGUUCUGUAUGUUGAUGACGCCGGAAUCGGUGCCAAAGAUCCAGCAGACAUUGACAAGCUCAUUGAGGAACUCAGAGAACUCAAAUUUGAACUAAAGAAAGAAGGCGAUUUUAAUGAGUUUCUUGGCAUAAAAUUUGACAAACGCAAAGAUGGUUCAGUUGAACUUACUCAGACUGGUUUGGUUGACAAAGUAUUGGAAGCAACCGGAAUGACCGAUUGCAAUCCCAAUCGAGUCCCCGCUACUGGUCCCCUUGGCAAAGAUCCUGAUGGUGAACCUAUGAACGAAGAAUGGAACUAUCAAUCAAUUGUCGGAAUGUUAAUGUACCUCUUGACAAACACACGGCCAGACAUUACCUUUGCUGUCAGCCAAGUGGCACGAUUCUCCUCUGAUACAAAGCAAUCCCAUACAAUGGCUGUGAAAACAAUUAUUUGUUACCUGAAACGCACUUGCACAAAAGGCAUGAUCGUCAAGCCUACAGGAAAACUGAACCUCAAUUUGUUUGUCAAUGCCGACUUCUGUGGACUCUACAAUACCAAACCUCACACAGAUCCAAACUCCGCCAAAUACAAUGCUCUCUCUUCUGCUCUAAAGACUUUAAUUCCGUUCAAGCGCCUUCUCAUUCAAGCCACUGACCACGUUGAACUUGGCGACGGCAUCCGUGCCACCAUCCGGGCUUUAGCAUUUGAAGACAACCAAGGCGCAUACUUUCUGGCCACCAACCAAAGAAUCAUAUCUCGCACUCGAUGGUAUCUCAACAAGUGGCACUGGUUCUGGCAACACGUCACCAAAGACGGCGUUGGCCCAGAAACUGUUGCCAUCCACGAGGUGGACACAUUGCUCCAAGAUGCUGCUUACUUCACAAAGGCACAGUCUUGUGAACCUUUCGAGAGCAAUCGUUUUCAAGUGCAAGGGUAG